AUGCAAAAGCUUGCACACUUAACAGUUGAUGCUGCUUGUUCUGCUCUGGAUGAAGGAGAUAUUGCCUUGCUGAAAACCUAUGGCCAGAGCACGUACUCAAGGCAGAUCAAGCAAGUCGAAGACGAUAUUCAACAACUGCUUAAGAAAAUCAAUGAGCUCACUGGAAUCAAGGAAUCCGACACUGGUCUGGCUCCUCCUGCCCUUUGGGAUCUGGCUGCAGAUAAGCAAACUCUCCAAAGCGAGCAGCCACUACAGGUUGCAAGGUGUACCAAGAUAAUCAAUGCAGACUCUGAGGAUCCCAAGUACAUAAUCAAUGUCAAGCAGUUUGCCAAGUUCGUCGUGGAUCUCAGUGACCAGGUGGCACCUACUGACAUAGAAGAAGGCAUGAGAGUUGGGGUGGACAGAAACAAGUAUCAAAUCCAUAUCCCCUUGCCUCCAAAGAUUGAUCCCACAGUCACCAUGAUGCAAGUAGAGGAAAAACCAGACGUCACUUACAGUGAUGUUGGUGGAUGUAAAGAGCAGAUUGAAAAGCUGAGAGAGGUGGUGGAAACCCCUCUGCUUCAUCCUGAAAGAUUUGUUAACCUUGGGAUUGAGCCUCCCAAAGGAGUCCUUUUGUUUGGGCCACCUGGUACAGGCAAAACGCUUUGUGCCCGUGCUGUUGCUAACAGGACCGAUGCCUGCUUCAUCAGAGUAAUUGGAUCUGAACUGGUGCAGAAGUACGUGGGAGAGGGAGCUCGAAUGGUUCGUGAACUCUUUGAAAUGGCCAGAACUAAAAAAGCUUGUCUUAUAUUCUUUGAUGAAAUUGAUGCCAUUGGAGGUGCUCGUUUUGAUGACGGGGCUGGGGGUGACAAUGAAGUGCAACGUACUAUGCUGGAGCUCAUCAACCAGCUGGACGGUUUCGACCCACGAGGCAACAUCAAAGUGCUGAUGGCUACCAACAGACCCGACACUCUGGAUCCGGCCCUGAUGAGGCCUGGCAGGUUGGACAGGAAGAUAGAAUUUAGCUUGCCUGAUCUUGAGGGGCGAACUCACAUAUUCAAGAUACACGCGCGUUCCAUGAGUGUUGAAAGAGACAUAAGAUUUGAGCUGUUGGCUCGGCUGUGUCCGAAUAGCACAGGCGCUGAGAUUCGCAGUGUCUGCACGGAGGCAGGCAUGUUUGCUAUUCGAGCACGUCGAAAAAUUGCAACAGAGAAAGACUUCUUAGAAGCAGUGAACAAAGUCAUUAAAUCAUACGCGAAAUUCAGUGCUACCCCCCGCUACAUGACCUACAACUAAUAUCUCGGAAUGUUUUUCCUGUUCCUGUUGUUAAACUUCCAGUCAAAUAGAAAUGCAAAUGUAGUAAUUCAUGUCUUGUUCUUGGAAGCUAGAAAUAAAUGGAGUAUUCCAAACA